UCAUCGUAGUCUAUGACAGAAAUAUAAUUCAUUUCAUACUCGUUUUAAGUCCUUUAUGUUUUGUGUAUAGUCUCAAUCCAGAUAUCUCUCGUUUUAUUUUUGCUCUUGUCUAUUAAUGUGGUCAACGCUAUCACAUUUAUUACUUACGCGUUCAGGUUGACUUACUACCUAAGAACUGCUUUUCUGAUCGUUCCCUUGAACACUAAACCCUUCAAAGCACACUUCCAUAAACUAAUCUGUCGCUUCAAACAUGGCCGACGUCGAAGAACCCAAGUUCAAUUCUCUCUCCGAUCGUAUAGCAGCUUUGAAUGGCCAGAAAAACUUCACUGCGCCACCCCCGUCUGCACGACGACGUCCUCCGCCGCCACCUCCUGGUAAACCGAUAGCCCAGGUCAUAGCUUCGGACACGAAUGCACUCGUCACGUCGAAAAGCCCUAGCUUACCUGCGAGGCCUCAAAAGCCAAUCGUACCCAGUCUACCACAACGUACAAACACAUCAGGACCAACCUCCCAGAAUUCGCCGAGUCUACCUAUGCGUGAUGCGCCUCCUCCUCUUCCAGGUCGCAAGAACUCUACCCUCCCAUCCCCCGCUCUACCGGCCCGUAGAGCAUCAACCCAACCCUUCCCCAGCAGAAGAGGGUCCAACUCAUCAGAUGUGUCGCAUAUUUCAACCAUCUCAAAUCUAUCAUUAAACCCGGUAUCCUCUCGCACAAGCACGACGUCGACCGAAACCCAACCCACGCGAAGAUUUCUCGCUCCAGCUCUAGACCAGGCGAAAUUGCCACCCCUCCCACCGUCUAGAAAAGAAGGAGAGGUACAGGCUGCCCAAAGAGCUGCGGAAAGGGAAGCGGCAGAGGUUAUUAAGGCUCCUCUACUAUCGACACGAUCUGCCCCGGUAGUUCCCCAUGUUGGAUCGCGACCUAGCUUACCCCCUAGAUUGCCGUCGCGGCCUGGAAACUCACCAGCCCCUUCACAAGUCGACGGAAAUUCGUCUGUAUCAUCACGGCGCCUCCCACCACCACCUUCAGCAUUCGUACGCCCAGCCUCCACCUUCGAAUCGUUGAAAACUCAUAGCACGGCCAGUCGAGGACCUCGCGACGAGGCCCCCCCGCCGGUCCCUAUUAGCUCGCGACCGACAUUUGCCCAAAUUGACGCAGUGACUGUUCGCGCAAGCGUCAAUGAAGUCAAGAGUUGUUUGCUUUGCCGAGAUUUCUCGGCUCCAGACAGUGUAGCGGCGCAAUACCCCAGUCAUUCGCUUCCGAGACAUGAUCCAGUCGGAUAUUUAGCGAGUGUUCUCUGUGGGCCCUUCCAAUCGCCUACCGACAAGGCGAGAGCUAUAUUUACAUGGUGCCACCACAACAUCGCCUAUAAUGUAGAAGAGUUUUUUGGAAAGUGCAUCAAGGGUAGGAGCGUAGAUGAAACCAUUUUUCAUGGCAAAGCUGUUUGUCAAGGGUAUGCUGAAGUAUACCGAGCCAUUGCUGAACGUGCUGGGCUGCAAUGCGUGUUAGUUAGUGGCCAUGGAAAGGGUUACGGCUACACGCCUCUUGGGAGUGGCGAGCCACCACCACGCAAAAACCCUACCGGUCAUGCCUGGAACGCUGUGUGUAUAGAUAAUGGAGAAUGGAAAUUGCUUGACGCGUGUUGGGGUGCAGGCUCAGUAGGCAAUCAACAAUAUCACAAAGGGUUCAACCCAAAAAUGUUCUGUCUGAGCAAUGAACAGUUUGGACUCAAGCAUUUCCCCUCGAAUGAAGCAUAUUUCUUCCGCAGCGACGGUCGUAUUCCCACCUGGGAAGAGUAUUAUAUUGGACCGAUGCAGGCUGAAAAGGCCGAGUUUUACGGAACGGCAGGGGACGAGGGUGUCUCUGAAUACACAUUCAGCCCCGCCGAGAAGCAUAUCCCCGUCUACAGUGGCGAGGUCGUGCGUUUCCAAUUUUCGAAGAUCUGCGAGCACUGGGACCCCGAACGGCACGGGAAAGGCAAGAGUUAUCUGCUUCUGAUAAAGAUUCAGGGGGUAGAUGGCAGGAAAGAGGACAUGGUGCCUCUGGAGACGGACGGGUUCUGGUGGUGGACGGACAUCCCGGCGAGGGAUCUAGGCGCCCCUGGGCAAAACGUAUUUUUAUAUGCUCUCACGACGGUCAACAACAAGGACGCGAGGGGCGUUACGAAGGAGGAGUUUUUUAGGACGAAAAGUGGCGGCGGGUAUAGCAUGUCCUGGGCGGUCUUUGCGAAAUGGGAAUUGGCAUAGAUUUUUUGUGUAUUACUUAGGUAUGUACGCAUAUAGGUAGAAGGUGAAUCAUUUUUUCGGCAUGACGAAAUUCACGACUAAAUAUUGAGUAAUGCUCCGAUUUACAGC